CUGUGACUCACUUUUAUCUAUGUGUGACUGUCAUAAAAUGUGCGUUGUUUAACAUUGAUAGCUUUUAAAUAGAAGCAUCAAUGUAAAAACCAUUGUCAAAGUUGAAAAUAAUCCGCUGCGAAUAUGUCUAUUCCGCCGUAUAUUUUGGGGCCCAAUCCCUGGGCCACCAUGAUGGCACAACAACAUUUGGCGGCGGCGGCUCACGCUCAGGCACAAGCGGCAGCCGCUCAGGCUCACGCUCACGCUUUACAGCAACAGAUGCCACCACCCCAUCCUAAACCCGAUGUAAUUACAGAAGACAAACUUCAGGAAAAGGCCCAAAAAUGGCAUCAAUUGCAGUCAAAACGGUUUGCUGAUAAACGGAAGCUAGGUUUUGUUGAGGCACAGAAGGAGGAUAUGCCUCCAGAACAUAUCAGAAAAAUUAUUAGGGACCAUGGAGAUAUGAGCAGCCGCAAAUAUAGACAUGAUAAAAGAGUAUAUCUGGGAGCACUGAAGUAUAUGCCUCACGCAGUCAUGAAACUCUUAGAGAACAUGCCUAUGCCUUGGGAACAAAUUAGAGAUGUGAAAGUAUUAUACCAUAUAACAGGGGCAAUAACCUUUGUUAACGAAAUACCCUGGGUGAUUGAACCAGUAUAUAUUGCUCAGUGGGGGACUAUGUGGAUAAUGAUGAGGAGGGAGAAACGAGAUCGUCGGCAUUUCAAAAGAAUGCGUUUUCCUCCUUUUGAUGAUGAAGAACCACCCCUUGAUUAUGCAGAUAAUGUUUUAGAUGUUGAACCUCUGGAAGCUAUCCAAAUAGAGCUAGAUGCUGAUGAAGAUUCAGCUAUAGCAAAGUGGUUUUAUGAUUACAAACCCCUUGUUGGAACAAAAUAUGUUAAUGGAUCCACCUACAGAAAGUGGAAUUUAACUUUACCAAUGAUGGCAACCUUGUAUAGGUUAGCUAAUCAGUUGCUAACAGACUUGGUUGAUUACAAUUAUUUUUAUUUGUUUGACACAAAAAGUUUUUUUACCGCCAAAGCAUUAAACAUGGCCAUUCCUGGAGGUCCAAAAUUUGAGCCCUUGAUUAAAGACAUGAACCCAGCAGAUGAAGACUGGAAUGAAUUUAACGAUAUAAACAAGAUUAUUAUAAGGCAACCUAUCCGUACAGAAUACAGGAUAGCAUUUCCCUAUUUAUAUAACAAUAUGCCUCAUUUUGUGCACCUUUCUUGGUAUCAUGCACCAAAUGUUGUUUACAUUAAAACUGAGGAUCCGGACUUGCCAGCAUUCUAUUUUGAUCCUCUUAUCAAUCCCAUAUCGCAUCGACAUGCGGUAAAGAGUUUGGAACCACUUCCAGAAGACGAUGAGGAGUAUAUUUUGCCAGAAAUCGUACAACCAUUUCUGCAAGAAACUCCUCUUUACACGGAUAAUACAGCAAAUGGUAUAGCUCUGCUCUGGGCACCGCGACCGUUUAAUUUACGAUCAGGACGGUCGAGAAGGGCUAUAGAUGUACCUUUAGUAAAAUGCUGGUAUAUGGAGCAUUGCCCUCCUGGGCAGCCCGUUAAAGUACGAGUAAGUUACCAGAAGUUACUCAAAUAUUACGUGCUUAACGCUUUGAAACAUAGACCUCCAAAACCGCAAAAGAAGAGGUACCUAUUUAGGUCUUUCAAAUCCACUAAGUUCUUUCAAACGACUACACUGGAUUGGGUUGAAGCUGGGUUGCAAGUAUGCCGGCAAGGUUACAACAUGCUAAAUCUGUUGAUACACAGAAAAAAUUUGAAUUACUUACAUUUGGAUUAUAAUUUUAAUUUGAAACCAGUAAAAACUCUAACUACUAAGGAACGUAAGAAGUCUCGAUUUGGAAAUGCGUUCCAUUUGUGUAGAGAGAUAUUGCGUCUUACAAAACUGAUUAUUGAUUCCCAUGUUCAGUACAGACUAAACAAUGUUGACGCCUUUCAACUUGCCGACGGUCUGCAAUAUAUAUUUGCUCAUGUCGGUCAAUUAACUGGAAUGUACCGGUACAAGUACAAGCUAAUGAGGCAAAUCAGGAUGUGUAAAGAUUUAAAACAUCUUGUUUACUAUAGAUUCAAUACGGGUCCUGUCGGCAAAGGUCCCGGUUGCGGUUUCUGGGCACCCGGAUGGCGGGUGUGGCUUUUCUUCAUGCGGGGUAUCACCCCUUUGUUGGAAAGAUGGCUUGGCAAUCUCCUUUCGCGUCAGUUUGAAGGUCGACACUCCAAAGGUGUAGCAAAAACUGUUACCAAGCAACGGGUUGAGUCGCAUUUUGACCUUGAGUUGCGCGCCUCUGUAAUGCAUGACAUCGUCGACAUGAUGCCCGAGGGCAUCAAGCAAAAUAAAGCGCGAACCAUUUUGCAACACCUCUCUGAAGCUUGGAGGUGUUGGAAGGCCAAUAUACCCUGGAAGGUUCCAGGAUUACCUAUCCCUAUAGAAAACAUGAUACUUCGUUACGUGAAAAUGAAGGCCGAUUGGUGGACUAAUACGGCUCACUAUAAUAGGGAGAGAAUUCGUAGGGGUGCCACAGUUGAUAAAACCGUUUGCAAGAAGAAUUUGGGCCGUCUAACCAGGCUUUAUCUUAAAGCCGAACAGGAAAGGCAGCAUAAUUAUUUGAAGGACGGUCCCUAUAUCUCUCCUGAAGAGGCCGUAGCCAUAUACACCACUACUGUGCACUGGUUGGAAUCCAGAAGAUUUGCGCCUAUACCUUUCCCGCCAUUAUCUUACAAGCAUGACACGAAGCUGUUAAUUCUCGCUUUGGAAAGAUUGAAAGAGGCUUACAGUGUAAAGUCGCGUCUUAACCAGAGUCAGAGGGAGGAACUAGGACUCAUUGAACAGGCUUAUGAUAAUCCCCACGAGGCUCUAUCUAGGAUUAAAAGACAUUUGCUAACGCAGAGAGCUUUCAAAGAGGUGGGAAUUGAAUUCAUGGACCUCUACAGCCAUUUAAUCCCCGUAUACGACGUGGAACCUUUGGAAAAAAUUACCGACGCGUACUUGGAUCAGUAUCUUUGGUAUGAAGCGGACAAACGGCGCCUGUUUCCGCCCUGGAUCAAGCCCGCCGACACCGAACCGCCCCCACUGUUGGUUUAUAAAUGGUGUCAAGGUAUAAAUAAUCUGCAAGACGUCUGGGAUGUCAACGAGGGCGAAUGCAACGUCCUUUUGGAGUCGCGCUUCGAGAAGUUGUAUGAGAAGAUUGAUUUAACUUUGCUCAACCGACUGUUACGUCUGAUCGUCGAUCACAACAUUGCCGAUUACAUGACGGCCAAGAACAACGUCGUCAUAAACUACAAGGACAUGAACCACACCAACAGUUACGGCAUAAUUAGGGGUCUGCAGUUCGCCUCCUUCAUUACCCAGUACUAUGGCUUGGUGCUGGACUUGCUCAUUUUGGGUUUGCAAAGGGCGAGUGAGAUGGCGGGACCGCCGCAGAUGCCGAACGACUUCCUGACCUUUCAGGAUGUGCAAACAGAAACCUGCCACCCGAUCAGGCUUUAUUGCAGAUACGUCGACAAAAUCCAUAUGUUUUUCAGAUUCACCGCAGAAGAGGCCAAAGAUCUUAUCCAGAGGUAUUUGACCGAACAUCCCGAUCCUAAUAAUGAGAACAUCGUCGGCUACAAUAACAAGAAAUGUUGGCCAAGGGACGCGCGAAUGCGACUGAUGAAACACGAUGUCAAUUUGGGCCGAGCAGUUUUCUGGGACAUCAAAAAUCGUCUUCCGCGAUCAGUGACUACCAUCCAAUGGGAAAACAGCUUUAUCAGUGUCUACUCUAAAGACAAUCCCAACCUGCUGUUCAAUAUGUGCGGUUUCGAGUGUAGAAUCUUGCCCAAAUGCCGCACACAACACGAAGAGUUCACUCAUAGGGACGGUGUUUGGAAUUUGCAGCACGAGGGCAGCAAAGAAAGGACUGCUCAGUGCUUCUUGAGGGUCGAUGACGAAUCGAUGAGCCGUUUCCACAACAGAGUCAGACAGAUUUUGAUGGCGUCUGGGUCCACGACGUUUACUAAAAUUGUAAACAAGUGGAAUACUGCGCUUAUCGGUUUGAUGACAUACUUUAGAGAGGCUGUGGUUAAUACCCAAGAAUUGCUGGACCUGUUGGUGAAGUGCGAAAAUAAGAUCCAAACCAGGAUUAAAAUUGGUUUGAAUUCAAAAAUGCCUAGUCGAUUUCCACCGGUAGUGUUUUACACUCCGAAAGAGUUAGGCGGACUGGGUAUGCUUUCUAUGGGUCACGUUUUAAUCCCGCAGUCAGAUUUAAGGUGGUCAAAACAGACGGACGUGGGAAUUACCCAUUUCCGUUCGGGUAUGAGUCACGACGAGGAUCAGUUGAUCCCAAACUUGUACCGUUAUAUCCAACCCUGGGAGUCCGAGUUUAUCGAUUCGCAGCGAGUGUGGGCGGAGUAUGCAUUAAAAAGACAGGAAGCCAACGCCCAAAACAGAAGGCUUACCCUGGAAGAUUUGGAAGAUUCCUGGGAUAGAGGCAUACCGAGAAUCAACACUUUAUUCCAGAAAGAUAGACACACGUUGGCCUACGAUAAAGGGUGGCGAAUAAGGACGGAAUUUAAGCAAUAUCAAGUUCUUAAACAGAAUCCGUUCUGGUGGACUCACCAGAGGCACGACGGGAAAUUGUGGAAUUUAAACAAUUACCGUACCGACAUGAUUCAAGCUUUGGGAGGCGUAGAAGGUAUCCUGGAGCACACCCUAUUCAAAGGAACAUACUUCCCAACUUGGGAAGGUCUUUUCUGGGAGAAGGCAUCUGGUUUCGAAGAAUCGAUGAAAUACAAGAAGCUGACGAACGCCCAGAGAUCAGGUCUGAACCAAAUUCCGAACCGUCGAUUUACGUUGUGGUGGUCCCCGACUAUAAACAGAGCGAACGUGUACGUCGGUUUCCAAGUACAACUCGACUUGACCGGUAUUUUUAUGCACGGCAAAAUUCCCACUUUGAAAAUUUCCCUGAUUCAAAUCUUCAGAGCUCAUUUGUGGCAAAAGGUGCACGAGUCUAUCGUUAUGGACCUUUGUCAGGUAUUCGAUCAAGAGUUAGACGCUCUGGAAAUUGAAACGGUGCAAAAAGAAACUAUCCAUCCCAGGAAGUCGUAUAAGAUGAACUCUUCCUGUGCCGACAUCUUACUUUUCUCAGCUUAUAAGUGGAACGUGUCCAGACCCUCGCUCCUUGCAGACACAAAGGACACGAUGGACAACACAACCACACAAAAAUACUGGAUCGAUGUCCAAUUAAGGUGGGGAGACUACGAUUCCCACGAUGUUGAACGAUAUGCGAGGUCGAAGUUUCUGGACUACACUACCGACAAUAUGUCUAUCUAUCCCUCUCCAACUGGAGUGUUGAUAGCUAUCGAUUUAGCUUAUAAUCUGCACAGUGCUUAUGGCAACUGGUUCCCGGGAUGCAAGCCUCUUAUUCAGCAAGCCAUGGCAAAAAUAAUGAAGGCCAAUCCUGCUUUAUACGUGUUGAGGGAACGUAUCCGAAAGGCUUUGCAGCUGUACUCGAGCGAACCUACUGAACCUUACCUCUCCAGUCAGAAUUACGGCGAACUAUUUUCCAACCAAAUUAUUUGGUUCGUGGACGACACAAACGUGUACCGGGUCACCAUACACAAAACGUUUGAGGGCAAUUUGACGACCAAACCUAUAAACGGUGCUAUUUUUAUAUUCAAUCCCCGUACCGGACAGCUGUUUUUGAAAAUAAUUCACACUUCUGUGUGGGCGGGACAGAAACGUUUGGGACAACUCGCCAAAUGGAAAACCGCCGAGGAAGUGGCGGCUUUGAUCCGUUCGCUUCCGGUAGAAGAGCAGCCGAAACAAAUUAUCGUGACGCGAAAGGGCAUGCUGGAUCCCCUGGAAGUACAUCUUCUUGACUUUCCAAAUAUAGUGAUUAAAGGUUCCGAGUUGCAAUUGCCGUUCCAAGCGUGCUUGAAGAUCGAAAAAUUCGGCGAUCUCAUUCUAAAGGCCACAGAGCCUCAGAUGGUUUUGUUCAAUUUGUACGAUGAUUGGUUAAAAACGAUCUCGUCCUACACCGCGUUUUCGAGGUUGAUUUUGAUAUUGAGAGCCCUGCACGUCAACACAGAAAGGACCAAGGUCAUACUAAAACCCGACAAAACCACCAUCACGGAGCCUCAUCACAUCUGGCCGACUUUAUCCGACGACGAGUGGAUCAAAGUGGAAGUUCAGCUAAAAGAUUUAAUUUUAGCCGAUUAUGGAAAGAAAAACAACGUCAAUGUCGCCUCUCUGACUCAGUCGGAAAUAAGAGACAUUAUUCUGGGAAUGGAGAUAAGCGCGCCGUCCGCUCAGAGACAGCAGAUUGCGGAAAUUGAAAAGCAGACGAAAGAGCAAUCACAGCUGACUGCCACCACCACCCGAACUGUCAACAAGCACGGCGACGAGAUAAUAACAAGCACUACUAGCAACUAUGAAACCCAGACGUUCAGUUCCAAGACCGAAUGGAGGGUCAGAGCCAUUUCCGCCACCAACUUACAUCUUAGGACAAACCAUAUUUAUGUCAGCUCUGACGAUAUCAAGGAAACAGGCUACACCUACAUUUUACCAAAGAAUGUCUUGAAGAAAUUCGUCACAAUUUCGGAUUUGCGCGCCCAAAUUUGUGCUUUCCUUUAUGGGGUAAGCCCGUCGGACAAUCCGCAAGUCAAGGAGCUUCGGUGUUUGGUGCUGCCGCCGCAGUGGGGUACCCACCAAACGGUACACUUGCCAAACACCCCGCCAAACCAUCCGUUUCUGAAAGACAUGGAGCCGCUGGGUUGGAUCCACACUCAACCUAACGAAUUGCCUCAGCUCAGCCCGCAAGAUAUCACUACCCACGCCAAGCUGAUGACAGACAAUCCCGCAUGGGACGGAGAGAAAACUAUUAUAAUAACCUGCUCAUUUACUCCAGGUUCUUGUUCGUUGACGGCCUACAAACUGACACCGUCCGGUUUUGAGUGGGGCAGGCAGAAUACAGACAAGGGCAACAAUCCCAAGGGUUAUUUGCCCAGUCACUACGAGAAGGUGCAGAUGUUGCUGUCAGAUAGGUUUACAGGAUUCUUUAUGGUUCCGUCCCAGGGACCUUGGAAUUACAACUUCAUGGGUGUGAGACACGAUCCCAGUAUGAAGUACGAGCUUCAGUUAGCGAACCCCAAAGAGUUUUAUCACGAGGUUCAUAGACCCGCACAUUUCUUAAAUUUCUCCUCCUUAGAAGACGGUGACGGCGCGGGAGCGGACGGGGAGAAUUCUUUUGCUUAAGUAAGCUUUUUUUUUUUCAUUUAUGUAUAUAGUUUCGUUUUUGUAUUGUCGCGGAACAACAAUAAACGAGUUUCAACAUAGAAAAAAAAUAUUUAUUUGACGUGUGGUGUGGGAAGCGUGGGUAUCUAAGCGUGAGUCGGACAAAAAAAAGUUUCUUCAAUACUCUAUAAAAAAUUGGGCGGCAAUGGUGCUCAUAAAUGUGAGAGAAUGGUUUUUCUUUCACCAAUUGUUAAUUGCAUAGGGACACCUAUAAAUGACGCCAAACGGAAAGAGGUAGAAGACGUGAUGUAAUGUAAGUAUUAAACCCAGAAAUUUAAAACCUUAGUAACAACUUAUUAUUGCAAGUUGUGGGAACAUAACCUCACUUGCAAUAUAUAGGAUACAAAAUAAAAUAGACCAUUAAGUAUGAUCGAUAAUAUUUUUAGUGUGACAAAAAAUUUAUUUUAAUUUUAAUAGUCUCCAUACUAUGAGCAAAACCCAGAACAACCACGAGUAAACAAAACCCCACUUGGGCGCCAAAACAUUAUAACCUCAAUGAUCUCAGAAUAACAGUUUUGUACCUAAGCCACGCUAAAAAGCUUGGUCACAUGCCUCAGUCAAGAAUAUGUGUUUCUCUGACGUCAUAUAAUGUAUAAUAAAAUUAUAUUUGCUACGUGUAAAGGUUUCGUUCGUUCAUUUUUAUGAGCACCAUCCCAGCACCGCGACUAUUAAAGACACUUCUAAGGCUACAUUGUCAUGAUUAUUAUCAUAUAAAAAUAAUUACUAAUAAUAUAUGGCAAAGGAAGUAGUAUUUUAAAACAUGGUGUAAAACACUCGCACAUAAUUGUCAAAUAAAGAUAUUUACAUUGAAAGCGCCUGGAAUGCGAAAUGAUUUUUGGUUAAAAUAAAUAGCAAAUAAGUUGUCACUGCCCAAGAAAAAGUGCGCCCGCGUUGUCGUACACAAGUGAGAUGAUUUAAACAUAAAUCAACGAACGAUUCUAAAAACUAACUUAAGUACCGAAAAUUCCACUUGCAGGUAUUUUGACUAGAAACCACCGAUGCGUUAUAAAUAGCAGUAAAACAUUUUACUCUGAAAAAGCGUUCACGCUUUAUACGAGUUGUUGAUAACUCAUGCAAGCUCUAAGCAAAACAACACUUGAAACUGAAC